AAUCCCAUUCAAGUCAAUGCAGAUCUGUUGCCCCCGGUUAAAUCCAUGACUCGUAACUGCAGGUAUGGUAUUUGUUAUAAGAAGACGAAGAGGACAACCCUGACUGCGAUACCGUACGAUCACGGACGAUCUUCUCUUCCUACCUUACAGCCUUCACAAUCAAUCCCAUCCCGUCACGCACGAUGGGCAACCAGCAGAACCAGAUCGUUGUCGGGACCGGCCGUGGUGAGGCCACGGUCAAUGUCCAAGAGCUGCUCACUAAAUCAUGGUAUCAAUAUCCGCACCUGCGAAUGCUCUAUGGUUGGCUCAGUGUGGUCCUCAUGGUCCAGGCGACCAACGGCUUCGACGGCUCGUUGAUGAAUGGGUUGCAAACGCUCACCUACUGGCAAUCGUAUUUCGGCCAUCCAACCGGCGCUCAACUUGGUGUGUUUAACGGCACCCAAGGUUUGGGCAGCGUCUUCGCAGUCUUCUUCCUCUGGUGGCUCGUGGAGAAAAUCGGUCGUAAGCUCACUAUUAUCGCUGGUGCCUUCAUCAUCGUCCUUGGCGUCUUCAUCCAGUCCUUCGCCACCAACCUCGCAAUGUUCGCCUCCGCCCGCGCCAUCAUCGGUAUGGGCUUGUCAUUUGAGUACACCGCUGCGCCGAUGCUGGUCACUGAGCUCGCACAUCCAACCCACCGAGCUCAACUCUCUACGCUGCUCAACACACUCUACUACUUCGGUGCAACUCUGGCCGCUUGGGUCACGCUUGGCACACUGACGAUCCAGAGCGACUGGAGCUGGCGCAGUGUCUCGCUGUUGCAGAUGUUCCCAUCCAUCAUCUCGAUCCUUUUCACAUGGUUCGUACCGGAGUCUCCACGUUGGCUUGUCAAGAAGGGCAAGGUGGAAAAGGCCCGCGACAUCAUCCUCAAGUAUCACUGUGGAGGCGACGAGAGUGAUCCCUUGUUGGCCCUGGAGAUGCACGAGAUCGAGAGCACCCUUGCCUUUGAGCGUGAAAACAGUGGUGGCAGCUGGCUCGAACUGUUCAAAACUCGUGGCAACCGAUGGAGAACAUGGGUGGUUUGCAGCUGUUCUUUCCUGACCCAAGCGACCGGUACCACUCUUAUCGGCUACUAUCUCGUGGUCGUGCUGAGUGGCAUCGGUAUUACCAACCCUCGUACCCAGUCGAUCAUCAACGGUUGCCUAACGAUGUGGAAUAUGGGUUGGGCUUUCUGGGGUGCUUACGUGAUCGACAAGUUCGGCAGGCGCAAGAUGAUGUUAAGUUCCCUGACCGGCCAACUGCUCCUCGGCUUCCUGCCAUGGACGAUCUGCAACGCCAUCUACACAAUGCGUGGUACCUCAGGCGCCGGCUACGCCGUCAUCGCGUUCAUCUUCAUCGGCUCGGCCUUUUACUCCACAACAUGGAACGGCAUCCUUACUGGCUACACCGUUGAGUGCAUGAGCUACGACGUCCGCAGCAAGCUCAUCGUCUCCCAGAACUUCCUAGUACAGGCCAGCAUCACUGGGUUCAACUACCUCAACCCAGUCGCGUUGCAGAACAUUGGCUGGAAGUAUUAUGUGGUCAUUGAUGUCAUCAUCGUCGUGGCGUGGGUUGUUGUGUACUUCACAUACCCCGAGACGAGCAAGAUCACGCUGGAGGAGGUCAGCACCAUCUUUGACGGGGAGAGGGCAAAGCAUGCCAUCCUGGAUGAGGACAUCAUGCAGGAGGCAACCAAGUAUUCCGCGGAUGACAAGGCGACGGUUAUAGAGAGGAGAGAGGUUGCGUCCGAGGCGUAGACGGAGUCUUGCCGAGUCGUAACAAUGCAAUCAUCUGCAGCU